AUGGUGGUGGUGGAGCUCCCUGGAGUCCUACAGAAGUGCCUCUUUGAUGAGGUUCAGGCUCAGAUCAGCAGGGUCAGAGCUGCACCCAUUCACCCAGACAGACCACACAGUGAGCCCAGACUCGGAGUCCCAAUCGCGGAGAAGGUCACGCUGAACUCUGAGAAACCGCCCAGGCAUUUGGCACAGGGGACAUCGCCUCUGCAUGGCCUGGAAGGGAGAGCCCCGUCCAGCCCUGCCUCUCCACAGCCAGUCAGGAUCCACACCUGGAGGCCAGGAGACAGUGACAGCCUAUCAGGGACUGAGACAGAAAGACUGGAGGCAGCAGUGGAAGAGGCUAUCCCAGAUGAUCACCUGGCUGGAUGUGACAUUUACCCAGAAGCCGAUUCACCUCGCAGGACUGUCCUCAGACCUGAAGGUGCUGGAGUCCCCGACACCGACUUCCUGCUGUACCUGCACAUACGGUCCACUGACAAGUGCAGAGCAGAGCCCAAAGUGGUGGCUUAUGCUGUCCACUGCCAGACCGACACCCACGGGCGCCCUGUGGCUGGUGUGGUGGUCAUCUGCAGGGACAGACUGGCAGGAGAAACAUUCGACCAGCAGGCUGCAGUGCAGACUGUGAUUCACGAGCUGUUUCAUGCACUUGGUUUCUCUAAAGAUCUCUUCCACACUUGGCGAGACUGUUCCUCCUCUUCUCAAGUGGGUGCCGGCUGCUCAGCUCGGGGGAAGGUGGUUCACUCAGAUGCUUUGGGCCAGAUGAGGAUCUACACCCAGUCUGUCAUUGCAGCCCUGCAGAAGCACCUGGCGACCACUGACCCUGAGCUAGGAGGGCUGCUAGAGAACCUGGACAUCCAUCCGGGUGGAACGUCUUCUCACUGGGAGUCCCGGGUCCUGCAGGGCUCCAUCAUGUCGGCGGUGUUGGAGGAUUCCACCACAGUCCGGAUUGACCCAGUCACAUUAGCUGCGUUACAAGACACGGGCUGGUACGCUGUCAACCUGAGCCAAGCACAGAGCCUGGUCUGGGGUAAUGGUGAAGGAGCCAUGUUUGGCUCCCUGUCGACCUGCAAAGACAACUCCUCAUCCUUUUUUUGUACUGGCAGUGGACUUGGGUGUCAUGUUCUUCACCUCCACAAGGGGGAGUGCCAGACUGACCCCUACUUGGAGGGGUGUCGCGUGUAUAAACCCCUCAAGAAUGGGAGUGAAUGUUGGAAAAGGGAAAAUAGCAGGUGGUCGCCUGAAGAGGACAGGAGUGGGGAGAUUUUUGGCUUCGACAGCCGUUGCUUUUUCUCCAACCUGACCAGACAGAACCAGAGUCAGUCUCUUUUAUUCAGCAGCUCUGUGGAAGGCCGCUGUUACAGACACAGGUGUACCGGACCACACAGGUACCAAAUCCAGGUGUCUGGCUCUGAAUGGGUGGACUGUCCAGCAGGGGGCAGCAUUGAGAUCAAAGGAUACCAGGGUGUAGUUUUCUGCCCUGACAGGAAGGUGUGUGUGUACCCGGAUGUGGCUCCUCCCUCUGAUGAUGUCAGUACAGUUCCUGUUUCUAACACAAGUGAUCCCAGUGAGACGGUCACUUCAGCCCAGGACAGGCCCCGGUCGCCCCUCCGACAUCCCACAGAGCUGCAUGUAGCCACAGCGCUCUGCUUCUCUGCUGCUGUGUGUCUCCUGGCUGUAGUCAUGGUGUUGUGCAGGAAGCAUCGCUCCUGCAGGGUCAGGGUCCACUCAGCCCCAGAGGAUCACAGUGGUCUCUGAAAACUUUGACUG